AAGGCUGCCGUGAAGUCGUACCAUCCGUCACCUUUGACGAUACUGCAGUGACUGUCCAGGGAUUUUGCGUGACAUUCGUAAUGAGUUAAUGACCUAAUGACGUAGACAGUACGUUUACUCUUGCAUCAUUUGUAGCACGUGCUCUGCUGGAAAUUGACGUAUGUCUUGCAUUCAUUAUAAAUCAAUCAAUUCAUCAGGGAAGUUCACAGGUUUUUAUAUUUAGCUUCAUGAUAAUUAAAUUUCUGCGUAGACAGAUUUAAACCAGACGGAAUAUAAUAAUGGACCACAUUCACUACCUGGAUUUAUUUUAUGAGUUUGACGUCGUGCGUGUUCCUAAAGAAAAAUAAAAGAAUGGAAUGUCCACGAACCGAGGUCGCACGUGAGAAUGAGUCUUGACAUUCGAGGAUUUAUGGCGUCUCUCCAGGAUCAAUAAAUCAGUCAAAAAAUUUGUAACUCUAGGCUUCUAGUAUUCGUUAAAUUAGGUUACACACACGGCACCUAAAGCUGGCAGAAAAUAUUCAUUUUAUCCGGCGGUAAAUCUAUACUCUCCGCAUCGUUGAUUAUAACGUCAUUGCUUAUCCAGUAACUCUGUUAUCGUUAUCCCCUCGAAAGGAUUACAUGUGACUUAUAUUUAUGCCUACGUUUACAUAUCGCGUCCCAAAACAGGUCGUCAGAGCUUCACCGAUCACAGUGCCCACUUGUACGUGUUACGUGUGUUACUAAGCUGAUUUCAGGUGUACCCAACAUUAUGUCACGUCACCAGCUAUAAUUACAUUUGGCAAGAUCUUCACUACAAUUAUUCACACGUCUCGACGUCUCUGCUUAAUAAACUGUGUUUGUCUAUUUCUUUUCGCAUAUCCCACGCAGUAUCGAAGGAGGCUGUACAACGUUCUCAGCUGUUCUAUCAGAAUUUCGUUCCAUGUAAUUCUGGAUCCCAAAUUUGUAAUAAUGACGAUGCGUCGUGACGUAAGAGGAAGGUAGAGAAUACAGAAUGGAGAAGGGAUAGACCAUCAUAGCCUUCGUAGAUCCGUGAAUAACGAUCGAUAGAGCCUCCGGCCAAUUGGUAGAGAUUCUUUGUAAGAAAAGUUUACGAGGCCCACACAGCAGUACACCUCCACUACAUGAUUUCUCCUGGAGCACUUGACCCCCAACUAGGCGCCCCCGUUUUUGGUUAAAGGAAACCUACGCAUCGUUACUACACCGAAUCCGGUGCUACAGCCUUUCCACGAAAACCCGUAGGAUUCCCAAUUGGCAAAUCUAUUUUUGUACCAACGCGGGAUUUCAUGACUUCGCCACACUGAUUCAUCGAUAGGAAUUCACGAUUUCGUAAUUCACCAGGACACAUUGUUACCAUAUUAAAUGUAUAUAUGUAACCUCUUUACUCAUUGCAAUUCAACAUUCUGAUUGCGAACAGGCAUACGUACAUACAGCAGCCAUGUUUGAAUAAUUCCUUAAUAUCCAUUUGACUACUCCAACCAAUUACCCUAAGACUGAGUUCAUACCUCUUUUCAUUGACACGGUCAAUGGUUUACGUUCUCGACUGCUGACGUAUUUCGUAGUUUUUUACUGUCACUAAUUCGGCGAGUUCCUCUAAAACUUCCCGCCUCCACGCGUCUGUCCUUAGUCAUCGUACGAACGGGUAACAGAAAUCGGCUAUUCCUAGUACAGUAAAUUAACCUUUUAACUAUAAACUAAGUAGAGAGGCUCGUGAUCGUAUGCAGAAGAUUCUUAAUAAAGUAUAAGUAGCUACUCUGCUCACUCAUGAAUGCACGCACCAAAGACGAAUACACAGACUGGGGAACAUAUGUAACAUGCAUAGUAUGGUGACGCGUGUGCCGCUAGUAAGAUUCUCGUCUGGCACGGCGUGUCCGAUAGCGACAUAAAGCGACGAGAGUGACGAGAAACACAGUCAGUACCGUCUGAGACUUCGAUCGGUCUGUAGGUGUUGGGGAUGGAUUCUCCGGUAGCCCAGUGUUGUUUACGGUGCGUGAGUUCGUAAAUUGGUUUCUCCCGAAUCCUUGCACCGAAUAAAAAGACAGUGGCUCAAAAGACGAGAAGAAAGAACAAGUAGUGACAAGUGACUUUCGUAGUUCAUGAUAGACGUUCAGAGAUUGUUACCUUUAUUUAGAGCAGUGUCCGAAGGAUUCAUAUCGUCUUUUGAUUUUCCCUCGCUUUCUUUGUAAAUCCGACUGAUUUCAAAUUCAUGACACUACAUGUGUCCUGCCGAAAAAUUGUCUUCUCAUUUUCGUCGGAGAACGUUAAUAUUUGUGUCUCAGAUGGUUUUAUUUUAUUUUUAUUUUGCCUGCUCUCUUCUUCUCUUAUCGAAGACACGAACAGAUGGGUGAUAGGUGCAACGUGACGAUGAGGAUUCACGUGGAAUUUAAUCAAAAGUUCGAGGAGUGAGCUAAGAGUGUUUCAAACAUCUUCUUUUUAAUAUCAUUAUAAACAGUUUUUAAUAAACGCAACGUAGGGAUUUUUCACAAGGAUCAAGGAUAUUCGCGAUCCUUUAAUAAGCUCUCUGCUUUGUUGGCGUAAUCAGUUCCUAUCUGAUAACUGGUUUUCCCACCUUAUGAGAGUUUUCCAAUUACUGUAUUAUACGACUGACAGGGAUUAAUGAUUCAGUAGUGUUUAUUCUGUGACUUUAUUGUGAAGCUAUGUCGUACUUCCAUGGGCUUCCGUUAUCUCAUUUCAUUAUAUUCGGUAUCUUCUUCCUCAUCGAUCUCAACACCAACUUCGUACAAGGAUCGUCCAGCAAGAGUCUCACGAUUCUCUCGUUUCCAUUGAACGAAUCGAUAUCGCAAGAGUACUCGAGGCUACCACUGGUUGGAAAAUGUUGUCCAGUAGGUCAAAUAAUGACCAAAGAUGAGAAAGGGACAAGUUUAUGUGUCGAUCCAAUCAUCCUGCCGUCCUUGAUUGAGCCAGAAGAGGCAAUGACGACGUCGUCACCAUCGUCACUUCCGGAAAAAAUAUUUUCACCGUAUUUCAAUGACUUCAAUAGGACGGGUCUGCUUGAUCCAGGACAUAAGAAAGACAAAUUUGUGGCUCUUGUCGGUGAUCCAUGUCAGUAUGGAAAAAUGAAUACUUCACAUAGGUACAUCCUGGAACCUGAACAGUCAAGUGAGGAUGAGUAUUAUCUACUACUCAAUGGAUCUGUAUAUCUUCCACUACCGAUGCCUGUGAUGCUGGUACCAAGGCAGGAUUACUGUAUGGACAUAAUACCUGGACAAGGUUUAAGGGUGCUGGUAUGCUUUCCAAAAGAGCCUGAAGUCGUCAGAGCGGAUGUCAAGAUCGUUUUUUACGCUUUUGGUCUUUUAAUUUCAGCAGUAUUUCUAGUUACCACCAUAGUACUAUACUGCAUCACUUCUAAGCUCAUGGACAUUUAUGGGAAGGCUCUGUGUCAUUACUGUGCUUGUCUUGCAUUGGCUCUUACAACGUUUGCCAUUACACAACUAGCCAGUUCUCAUCUGUCGGAUCAGGCUUGUGUCUCGAUAGCAUUCGUCAUCCAGUUUUCGUUUGUCGCGUGCUUCUUCUGGCUGAACGUGAUAUGCAUAGAGACAUGGUUAAUGGUGAAACGUCAUGUGAAGCAUGGCUCCUGCAGAAGAUCCACAGAGUCGAAAAGAUUAUUUUUCUAUUACUCAGUCUGGAGUUGGGGACCCGCAAUGAUAUUGAUCCUCAUCUGUAUGACGUUGAAGUUGAACCCGACGGUUCCUAGUUCCUACGUGAAGCCCCAAUUCGGUGCACAUGGUUGCUGGUUUGAAUCUGAUCGUGACGCCAUGCCGUAUUUUUACGUACCGCUGGGUCUACUGCUCCUGGCGAACAGUGUGCUCUUUGUAAUGACAGCAGUGAGCAUAGCUAGGUACCAGAAGGACAUCGACCUGAGACUUCUUGCCAGGAACCAGGAGGCUGAUCGCGAGGAGCAGAGAUUGUUUAAACGUCUCAAAAGGACAUUCAUCGUAUGCAUCAUCUUAUUUUUGCACAUGAGCCUUAACUGGGUUAUGGAAUUGAUCUCGUGGUGCACCGGUAGUGACAGCUUUGCCUGGUCAGCAUUCGACCUGGUGAAUGCACUUCAGGGCGUUCUUGUUUUUGGACUAUUUGUUCUUCGUAGACCUGCUAGGGAUCUCAUUUGGUACAGGAUACAGAAAAUAAGAGGCAUCGACGCACUAGAGCCAGAGGCUGAUCACACUGACUUGGGUUUAUUGCCAAUAACCACUGACCCAGUACCGCCGCAGAGGAUGACUCAAUAAAUCACAAACAGACUCGUGAUGAGUCUUUCUCGAAAUUUUAACAGCGAAGAUCCUAUGACGCAAUGAGGAUCAUCCGCACGACCGAAUACGAGUGAAUGUCACGUUCCUCGAAGAUGCUAUUCUUCGUUACCAGUUACUUGGAAAGAAAGAAAGAAGGAAGGAGCAGGCCAGGAGAGACUAGUUUUUUUUUUAGAAAAUACUUUUUAUUCGAUUCUCCUUUUACACCGUGACACCUUUUACUCAUUUGAUCGCUAAUCAUUACACCAUAAAAAUAAACUAUACGUUUUGUUACAUAAA